AUGGGGCUGCCCGGCUCCCCGCGGCAGUGGGUCCUGCUGCUGCUGGGGCUGCUGCUCCCCCCAGCCGCCCCCUUCUGGCUCUUCAAUGUGCUGUUCCCCCCGCACACCACGCCCAAGGCCGAGCUCAGUAACCACACACGGCCCGUCAUCCUCGUGCCUGGCUGCCUGGGGAAUCAGCUGGAAGCCAAGCUGGAUAAACCGAGUGUGGUGAACUGGAUGUGCUACCGCAAGACAGAGGACUUUUUCACCAUCUGGCUAGAUCUCAACAUGUUCCUGCCCCUUGGGGUAGACUGCUGGAUUGACAACACCAGGGUUGUGUACAAUCGCAGCUCUGGGAGGGUGUCCAAUGCUCCCGGUGUACAGAUCCGUGUCCCCGGCUUUGGCAAGACCUACUCUGUUGAGUACCUGGACAGCAGCAAGUUGGCAGGUUAUAUGCACACACUGGUACAGAACCUGGUCAACAAUGGGUACGUGCGGGAUGAGACAGUGCGGGCCGCCCCCUACGACUGGCGGCUGGAGCCUAGCCAGCAGGAGGAGUACUACCUGAAGCUUGCUGGACUGGUGGAGGAGAUGCAUGCUACAUAUGGGAAGCCUGUCUUCCUCAUUGGGCACAGUCUUGGCUGCCUGCACCUGCUCUAUUUCUUACUGCGCCAACCCCAGACCUGGAAGGACCGCUUCAUUGAUGGUUUCAUCUCUCUCGGGGCUCCCUGGGGUGGCUCCAUCAAGCCUAUGUUAGUCUUGGCUUCAGGUGACAACCAGGGCAUCCCAAUCAUGUCCAGCAUCAAGCUGAAAGAGGAACAGCGCAUGACGACAACAUCACCCUGGAUGUUUCCUGCCAGGCAGACGUGGCCUGAGGACCACGUGUUCAUUUCCACCCCCAGCAUCAACUACACAAGCCGUGACAUGCAGCGCUUCUUUACAGACCUGCACUUUGAGGAAGGCUGGUACAUGUGGCUCCAGUCACGUGACCUGCUGGCAGGCCUCCCAGCACCUGGCGUGGAAGUGUACUGUCUGUAUGGCAUAGGCCUGCCCACGCCCAGCACCUACAUCUAUGACCACGGCUUCCCCUACACAGACCCCGUGGAUGUGCUAUAUGAGGAUGGUGAUGACACUGUAGCCACGCGCAGCACGGAGCUCUGUGCCCGCUGGCAGGGCCGCCAGAAACAGCCCGUGCACCUGUUGCCUCUGCCUGGGACACAGCACCUCAACAUGGUCUUCAGCAAUCAGACACUGGAGCACAUCAAUGCCAUUCUGCUGGGUACCUACCGAAAUAGCACUGCUGUACCCCCGACUGCCAGCCCAAAGCCCAUGCCCCCUGAAUAA